AUGUCGUACGCGUUAGAAAAAGUCAUAGGCCGCCCGGCGACGACCUCCGACGGGUCGCGACAACGUGAGCGCGGCAACGCCGUACGAAACGGAGCCGCUCGGCAGCUCGCUGAUAAGCGCAGUGCCGAUCGUUUGUUUUUCAUUGGCCCGUUGGUCGUUCGCUGCCGUAUAAACACGUUAUUUGCCGUAGUCGCAGUGCGCAUUCCCGACGUCUGGCGUCCGAGCACUCCGAGCCUCCAUAGGUCUGCAGAAGUUGGUGGGUCUCGGGCUCGUGAAUUUUCCGCAGUUCUUCGUGCCCAACCGCACCAGCACACUGGCACGCUGUAA